AAGCAGAAGCAGAAGCGGCCAAACUUCAGGUGUGCUCUAUGAUUACCAUUACAACAUUGACAGUUUAUUGACAGUUUACUGUUAAAAUGUGGUAGUACACUUGUAUUUAUGUUGUUAUCUAAUUGCACUAAUGAGGUUUGUUCAUUCAUUGAAGAAAAAUAAUAAUAAUACACAAAAAGAAGCUGAGGUAGAAAACCCAGAAGAUUACAAUGAUCCUGAAACAACUCCGGGCGAUAAGAAAAAACUUUCUCGUCAAAUGGCAAAAACUUACAAGCCCAGUGCUGUCGAGACAUCUUGGUAUGAAUGGUGGGAAAAGUCAAAGUUCUUUGAGGCAGAUCCAGACAGCUCCAAACCAUCAUUUGUAAUUGUUCUGCCACCGCCUAAUGUGACCGGGCCGCUACAUAUUGGCCAUGCUCUUACUGCUGCAAUCCAGGAUACAAUUAUUCGUUGGAGGCGAAUGUCUGGAUAUAAUACACUGUGGGUACCUGGUACUGACCAUGCUGGAAUUGCUGCCCAGGCGUAUGUAGAGAAGCAAUUUCUGAGAUUUACGACAAUUACGAGGGAUGAAAUGGGCCGUUAUUCAUUUAUAAACGAUCUCGGGGAUAUGAAGAAUUUGUAUCGGGAUGCUAUAUUGAGACAACUUCGUUGCUUGGGUGCAUCUCUGGAUUGGUCUCGCGAGUGCUAUACCAUGGAUGAGAAGAGAUCAUUGGCUGUGACUGAGGCUUUUGUAAGACUUCACAAGGAUGGUGUUAUAUAUAGGCAAUUACGUCUAGUGAACUGGGACUGUCUCUUGCAAACUGCAAUAUCCAAUAUUGAGGUGGAACAUAUCGAAAUCAAGGAGCGAACGCCAUUGCGGGUUCCUGGAUAUGAGAAACCCGUAGAGUUUGGGGUGCUGACUUCAUUCGCUUAUCCUUUGGAAGAAGGGUUGGGUGAGAUUAUUGUGGCAACUACUCGAGUCGAAACAAUGUUGGGUGAUACAGCAAUUGCUGUACAUCCAGAUGACUCUAGAUACAGUCAUGUUCAUGGGAAAUUUGCUAUUCAUCCGUUCAAUGGAAGGAAGCUUCCUAUAGUUUGUGAUGCAGUGCUUGUGGAUAUGAAUUUUGGGACUGGUGCUGUUAAGAUAACUCCAGCCCAUGACCCAAACGAUUAUGAAGUUGGAAAGCGUCUCAACCUGGAAAUUAUCAACAUUUUCACUGACGGUGGCAAAAUAAAUAGCAAUGGUGGCCCAGAGUUUACAGGAAUGCCUCGCUUUGAAGCUCGUGUUGCUGUGACUGAAGCCUUAAAGAAAAAGGGACUCUUUAAAGGUGAUCAGAAUAAUGAGAUGCGUCUUGGUAUUUGUUCAAGAACCCGUGAUGUGGUUGAGCCCCUAUUAAAGCCUCAGUGGUAUGUUAAUUGUAAAAGCAUGGCAGAGCAAGCUCUUGAUGCUGUCACAGAUGGUGCAAGUCCAAAGAUUGAGAUCAUCCCAAAACAAUAUGUUGCUGAAUGGAAGAGAUGGUUUGAGAACAUCCCUGAUUGGUGUAUCUCAAGACAAAUUGGGUGGGGGCAUCGUAUUCCAGCAUGGUAUGCAGUGUUGAUAGAUGAACCUAAAGAACUUGGUGCAUACAAUGACCACUGGGUGGUUGGUCGGAAUAAGGCUGAGGCUACGGAGGAGGCUAACAAAAUCUUUUCCGGAAAGGAGUUUGAUCUUCACAAAGAUCCAGAUGUUUUGGACACAUGGUUUUCUUCUGGUAUUUUUCCACUAUCUGUUUUAGGAUGGCCAAAUGAUACCAAAGAUCUCAGAGCAUUUUAUUCGACAUCUGUGCUUGAAACUGGCCCUGAUAUCCUCUUUUUGUGGGUUGCUCGUAUGGUGAUGCUGGGAAUGAAGCUUGGAGGUGAUGUACCAUUUAGAAAGGUUUACUUGCAUCCUAUGGUUUGUGAUGCUCGUGGACGUGAAAUGUCCAAGUUAUUAGGAAAUGCUAUUGAUCCUCUAGAAGUAAUUAAUGGCAUAGAAUUGAAAGGUCUCCACAAAAAGCUAGACGAUGAGUCUAGCUUGGAUAAAAAUGAAUUGGAAAUUGCGAAAGAGGAUUAUGUGAAGGACUUCCCGGAUGGUAUUCCUGAAUGUGGUGCAGAUGCUCUGCGUUUUGCCCUUGUUUCAUACACUGCUCAGUCAGAUAAAAUAAAGUUGGACAUCCAGAAGGUGGUUGAAUAUCGUCAAUGGUGCAACAAGCUAUGGGAUGCGAUAAGGUUCUCCAUGACUAAACUUGGAGAGGAUUACAUCCCUCGAGAAGAGAUGAUUCCAGCUACAUUGCCAUUCAGCUGCAAGUGGAUUCUCUCUGUUCUGAAUAAAGCCAUAUCGAAAACAAUAGUGUCUUUGGAUUCCUAUGAAUUCUCAGAUGCUGCAACAGCUGUAUACUCGUGGUGGCAGUUUCAAUUAUGUGACGUGUUUAUGGAAGUAAUUAAGCCUUAUUUUACCGGUAAUGAUCCAGCAUAUGCAUCUGAAAGGAAGCACGCACAAGAUACAUUGUGGCUGUGUUUGGAUAAUGGUUUACGGUUACUUCAUCCUUUCAUGCCGUUCGUCACAGAAGAAUUGUGGCAGCGUCUUCCUUCUAAGAAAGAUUCUGUGAGGAAAGAGUCAAUUGUGAUAUCUGAAUAUCCAUCAACCGUAGAGAGUUGGAAUAUUGAUGGUGUGGAGUUGGAGAUGGAUCUGAUCCAGUUUGUGGUGAAAUCACUGAGGUCUCUCCGGGCACAGUUGGGACCAAAUGAGAAAUGCGAAAGACUUGCAGCUUUUGUUGUGUGCCUCACAAGUGAUGCAUGGAACACCAUCAAGAAACACGAACUCGAGGUUUCCACCCUUGCUACUUUAUCGUCUCUGCAUGUUUUAAGCAAGAAGGAUGAUGUUCCAGUUGGAUGUAUACUAGACACGUUGAAUGAAUCGGAAUCUGUUUCAGUGUUCCUCAAACUUAAGGGCGUAGUUAACGUGGAAGCUGAAUUUGAAAAGUUAAAUAAGAAGAUGGAGUAUCUACAAAAGGAAUAUGAUGACUUGAAGAAGAUAAGUAAGAAGAUGGAGAAAUUACAAAAGCAACAUGAUGACUUGAAGAACUUGGUCACUCGAGGAAGUUUGCAAGCUUGUUCAACUGAUUAUGGAAGUUAGACUAUGGAAUACUAAAUAAAUUUCUCUUGUUUUGGGCUGAUUUUUAUGAUGAAAUGCUAUUUACGGUUACAAAA